CUCCAAAAUGCCCCCAUCCUUAGCAUCCCUGAGAAGUUCCCCGUCCCUGAGAGGUUCCCCAUCCUCGUGGGUGCCCCCAGACCGUAGUGUUGGUGGGGGUCACAGGGACCUUCCUCCCUCUCCCUUCCCAUGCUACCGUGGUGAGGGAAGCUCCCAGUGGAGCUGGGGGAACACAGGGGUUAACCCUGGGCAUAGGGGGGGGCUGGGGGCACGGAAGGGUUAACCCUUGGCUUGGAGGUGGGGGGAUGAGGAGCACAGGGGCUGCGUGCCUCCCCCAGCACAGCACACAGCAGGGAUGCGUCCCCCAUGCAUGGAUUCCAUAGAUGUGGGAACCCCUUCCUAAACUACAGGGUUGGAGCCCUAAAGCUCAGGGGCUGCCCUGGGGGGGCUCAGCCCUGACCCUCCGUCCCCUCAGACUAUCCAGAUCAUGACUGGCUUCAUGCAUAUUGGCUUCGGUAUCGUCCUGACCACGCUCACCAAUGUCUACUCCUCCAUCUUCAUCACCGGCGAGAUCCCCUUCCUGGGCGGUGUGUCUUUCAUCAUCUCGGGCUGCCUGUCCAUUGGGGCAGAGAAGAGUCCCACAGAGUGUGCGGUGAAGGGAAGCCAAGCCAUGAACAUCAUCAGUGCCAUCUUUGCACUCCUGGGCAUCGUCGCCUUCAUCAUUGACCUCAACUUCAACGGGCUGUACCGCUCCAGCGAUGACUACUACAGCUACCUUGUCCUGCUCGCAGGGAACGGCAUCUCCAUCGUGCUGCUCAUCUUCACCAUCCUGGAGUUCUGCAUUGCUGUUGCCACUGCCAACUUCUGGUGCCGAGCAACACGACUCAGCCCCAACGAGGCCAUGCUGAUUGUGCCCAGCACCACCAGAGUGGACCUGGCUGUGGUGCAAGCAGAGCUGCCACAGCCGCCCAGCUACUCGGAGCUGGCAGCUCCUGAAGUAUAGCUGGGCAGAAAGGAUGUCACAGAAGCCACCUGCAUCUCCAGGGCAUCGGCACCUUCUCUUGCUGCACUGCAGGCUGGGGCAUACUUUGUAGCCCCUGAACUUAGCCCCUGUUGUGGUUCCCUUCCCCCCCUGCCCUUCCUGACCUCCAUACCCCACCCAGCUCUCACCUCCUGGCUGCUCUGGGGAGGGACUGGGGGUGGUCUUGCCCCAUUACCCCAGCCAGGUGCUGGGCACCACACAGCAGCCAGACUCAUUCCAUUGUCAGCUCAGUCCCUGCUGGCUUCGUUUUCUCUUGAAAAUAAAAUAAUAAAAUGCUG